AUGAUCUAUUCAAAGAAUUUUACUGGAUACUUUCGAGAGAAAGAAAAAGAUCUCUCUUAUACGUUUUCUCUUCUAGUUAAUAUUCCUGCUAAUGCCACAUGGAAGCAGAACGGAAUGACUAUUGCUGGAGAUAACGGGGAAGGGGGUGCCACUAAUCAACUCAACGACCCUCAAGGUCUCUUUGUUGAUGAUGAUCAAACAGUGGUUAUUACUGACUUCGGGAAUCAUCGUAUCAUGCAAUGGAAGAACGGUGAUACAACGAAUGGACAAGUUGUUGCUGGUGAUGAAGGCGAAGGAAAUGGAUUACAUCAAUUGAGAUAUCCAACUGAUGUAUUAAUUGACAAAGAGACGGAUAGUCUCAUUAUUUGUGAUGGCAUACGAGUUGUACGAUGGUCUCGUCAUAGUGGUACAACACAAGGAGAAAUACUUAUCGACAACAUCGACUGUUGGGGAUUAGCAAUGGAUGAUCAGAGAUAUCUCUACGUCACUGACUGGAUAAAAAAUGAAGUAAGACGAUAUCAAUUGGGUGAGAAGAAUGGCACUCUCGUAGCUGGUGGUAAUGGUAAAGGUGGUGGUCUCAAUCAACUCAACUUUCCGGCAUAUCUCUUUGUCGAUCGAGAUCAUUCAGUGUACGUAUCAGACUACAGCAAUCAUCGUGUAAUGAAAUGGGUGGAAGGUGCGAAAGAAGGUAUCGUGGUCGCUGGAGGACAAGGUGAAGGGAAUGCUCUGACACAAUUGAAUGGUCCUAAUGGAAUCUUCGUUGAUACGUUGGGUACACUCUAUGUAGCAGACAUGUUGAAUCAUCGUGUCAUGCGUUGGACUCAAGGAGACAAGAUACAAGGCACUGUAGUUGUGGGUGGAAAUGGAGAAGGAGCAGGAGCAAAUCAGUUCAGCUACCCCGCUGAUUUGUCUUUCGAUCGACAUGAUAAUCUCUAUGUCGCCGAUAUGAAUAAUGCUCGUGUUCAACGAUUUUCUAUUGAAUAA